CGAAGCCUUGAUCCCAAGAUCUCAAGGUGGCUACGGAGUUGGGAACAGCGAGCUCGCUUUGAGAUGGCGCGCUUCAUCUUACUCGAGCUAUGAUUGGACGAUGACGUCUACGUCAGCACCAGAGGGUCCACUUCACCAGCAGCAGCAGCAGCAGCAGCAACUCGUCGGAAGCGUCGCAGCGCCGCCGCGGGCAUCCAAUAGUAGGAUCCCUCUGGACGAGAUCUCCAAGCUCUACCACCUUCCCAUUGCGGAGGCUGCUUCCAUCCUUGGUGUCUGUACUAGUGUAUUGAAGAGAAUUUGCCGUGAACAUGGUGUGGUAAGGUGGCCAUAUCGAAAGUUUAUUGCUGGGAAAACUGCUGAUGAUAUUAAAAAGGAUUCUGGUGGGGAAGGAGCCAAUGAGUUUGUGGAUCCAUCAAAUAUGGCAAAACAAAAGAUUGAUGUUUCCAAAAUGCUUCUACCAACUUCAGUUUCAUCAUCAUUAACUUUUGGCAGUCAAGUUCCAAAUAAGACAGCAGGCCUUACUCAGGACCCAUCUAAAUUGCAGCGAGGGAUUCCGAUGGUAGGUAGCACUGCACAACCUCAAGUAGCGAGGUUUUCACAAGAUGGAUGGGCCAAUACAUUCCAAAGUAGCACGAGACACAUCCCUUCCUAUAUGGAUGAGUUUAAGUUUGGAUUUCCAGUGAACGGCUUAUCAACUGUGACAGUUAAGUGGUGGGGAAGUGGCAACAAGGAGAGCAGUGAAAAGAGCUCAAAAGGAGUGCCUAUGGGUGAAAAUGUGGAGAAACAAGAAGCAUGUGACUCAUCAAACGAAACUUCUAGCCUUGCUAAAAUAGAUGGUAAAGAGGAUAAUGAUGUGGAAUGUGCUGAGAUUAAAACUGAGCCAAAGCCAUCAACCUUGUUGUGCUCUACUAGGAAGAAUGCUGUUGAGUAUGGGCAUAAAACCCUUAAGCUUGGAAUCUCGAAAGGGUAUGAGACAUACAAGUUGACCAAGAAGCAGAAAUCAGUGCUCCUUCAAGUGUUUAAAACUUCCUUGCCUGAUCAAUGGAAGGAGAGCUUCUCUUAAUCUCGAGAAUCCCUUCUCAUUUUUUUCUUCUAGUGUAAAGGUAUAGAGUCUAUGCGGUCAGGGCAACCAUAUAAGCUUCUGUCCUGAAUUACUAUUAGUCAAGUGUCUGGUUGAUUAAAUGUCGAAAUUUUGUGAAUUUUCUGAUGUGCUUCUUUCUACUAAUUGUCAUUGUAGACGAUAGCGAGGAAAAAAACAUCUUUCGCAAUCAUUAACAGAAAGUCUCUGAAGUCUGACUGACCAUCAAUCACGCUGAGGAAAUUGCAUUGGAGAAAUGGAAAUUUUUGCUGGUUGUUGCUUCUUUAUUUCCUUCAAGGCAAAGAAGAAGAUGGUGCUAACAUUUUGAGUACACUAGAGAAAGAUAUGCCUAUUGUGAUAAAUCACUGUACCAUCACAUGAUAUUACAAGUCAUUGUAUUCUCCAAACUAGAUUCUGCAACAGAAAUUACUAACCCUAGUGUUUUUAACUUCAUGUAAUUUCCUUCAAGUUUAAGAGGUGAAGCCACCCCUGAAUCCCUUCAAGCUGUAAGAACUGUUUCUUGAUUUAGAGCAAGGGAGUCAGGUGUCUUUUUUCUUCCA